UCAGUUAGUUCGAGCGGGAAAAUGAAAGUGUAAACAUCGUAACAGUGAACGUUAAAUUCAGCGGAUGGAUUAGUGUUUAUAAUUCUGGAGAAAACAUAAUUUGUGCUGUUUUCGGUUGUACAAUGUAAACAUUUUUCAUUCAGUGAUUUGUGUAUCUGCCUAAUAAGUGUUUGUGUUGAAAAAUAAAGAACAUUGCAAAAUGGCCAAUCAAGAGUUCGCUCGGGCUCGCCCGAUUCUCGCAGAAAUCCCAGCGGGAAUGGGCUUUCCACUACAUCAUCAUCGGGUUGCUGCCCCUCUGGGAGCAAACCGAAGACAUGCAUUGAACCCCGGUCUGAUCGAUAGUCCAGCUGCCAAUAUACCGGACAGUUACUUGUCACCUCGGAUGUCCCCUGAUGAAGCCGUCAUACAACAGAGAGGUCGUCGUCGAGUGCCCAUCAUGUGGAGCCCAGAAAAAGGUUUACAGUCACCGCACAAAACUCCAACCAAGAGCAUUUCAGCAAUGACGCUGCGAAGUUCUCCACGGAAGCGUUCACUUAUCAAGGAACUAUCGGAUGUUCGCGUUUCUGGACCUGAUGCGAGUUACUCGUCUCCUCCAAGCAAACGAAGCACACCCUCAAAGGGUUCCCCCAGCAAUUCCAAAAAAAUACGUCUACAGGAAGGAUCCAUGAAUCGCAAUAACGGUGAAGUUCCACUGGAAACCUUAUUGAAAGGCUUCAGCCAGGAUCAGCUGAUUUCGAUAAUAACCGGAAUGGUACAGGCAAAUCCACGGCUGGAAGAAUCUAUCCGAUCUGAUUUACCAAUUCCGGACAUAACAUCGUUGGAGGAGCAGUUGAGUUACCAGAAGAAGAACAUCUUUAAAAGCCUUCCUGCAACGCGCUUGGUAAGCAAGACGGACAGUCCUGCUUAUGCGCGAGCGGCUACGCAUUUGGCUGCAUUCAAGAAGACUCUUGUCGAUCACAGUCAAACGCUGCACAACUCUAAACACUGGGACGCACUGCUCGAUUACGUCGCAAUGGCAUGGCACUACGUACGCUCGACACCGGUUUGGGACAAUCACGCUCAUAAUGCCGUUCGCAGACAUUGCUUCAAGAUCCUAUCGUAUCAUGCCAGCAGUGCCCUGAAGUAUGGAUCAACGGCCUUAGGCGAGGACAGAGUAAAUCGACUCCAAGGAAAGCUGAAGGCAAUGGCUGCCGAUUGUGAAGACAUCAAUGAUUGCAAUUCGUACCUAGACUAUCUUCUGAACAGGGUCUGACUGACUGCUAUUCCAAAGCCUCAACAUGUGUAUGUUCAAGAUGCUUAGGUAUGCGUUACUUCUUAAAACGAGCUCUGAACGGUUCUACUUAUCAUUCUAUUCUUUUACCUUAUUAUAAUUAAGCAAAAAAAAAAGUUCAAAUUGUCAUUAUUCAUAUUUUUGUUAGGCAUAUUUUUCGUAUCAUGGUACCUAUAUUGUUCUAUUCUAGCCAUAUCUAAUGCAUGGCUAGGCACAAUCGUUUUGUGCAUUGUAUUACGACUUAUAACUGCAUGUUCAAUCAAUGUGUAGUUUGCAAUUGCCAUUUGAAAUAAUUUCCAAUAAACG